AGUCUCUCCGCAUGAAAUACCUGGGUAAGCAUCAGGAGCUUCUCAACAACUAUGGAGCUAAGAAAAAAAAGCAAAGAUGACCACGAAGAGAAGCUUAUAAUAGACCUUAAGGAGAAGAAAGAACAAGGACCAAAGAUUCUGGAAGCAAAAACGAAGGAUUUCAUUCGUGAGAGGGAGAAGCUGCAUAAGAAGAGGGUCCAGUUGGAAAUAAAGGCAGCAAAAACUACACAGGAGCAGGAGGAGGAGGAGAAGCGAAUUCUGAGGGAGUUGGAGCAAGUCAGACAGCAGAUCUCAGAGGAGCGAAAAAGGCUGGAAGACAGGUCUUGCAAAGACCAGACGAAGAGGUACUACGCAGAGAAGGCCCUUGUUUCAGCUCAGCUCAGAGAAGAAAAAGUGGAGCGCGAGAUGCUCUUGCAGGCCUUUGAGAAGGUAAACUGUCCUCAUCCUACUUCACUCCCCCCUCCAUCCCUCAAAGCUGAUGCUUCCAGGUCUAUGUUGCAGCUUCAACAGGAGGGUAGCGAGUUCCCGAAGAGCAACCUGAAGAAGGCGCUGCCGGGGCGGAAGCUUCAAAAACUGCUAAAAACCCUGGAAGAGGAGAAGGAAGCUAUGACGAGUCCAGCAGUGCAGGAGAAUGAGCAGCCGCAGGCUUCCGGAUUCUCACCGCAUCCUUUCUUAACUGUGAGGAAGCUGCAUCCGACCAGGAAAGAGACACCAACAUCCAAAAAAGCAGUUUAA